AUACCCGGCCAGGACCUCAUUUGUCUUUUUAAUGGUAAAUUUGCUGGGACUUUUUUGAAAAGGAGAAAACUGAAAUCAAGUAAAGCCAUCUAAUUACUUAAUGUAUGAGAGUAAGCCUCACAGAAGAUUGAGUUAUGCCCCCAACUGUGGUUUUCAUAAGGCUACCCCUGUUGGUUAUUAGCUCCUACUCCCAAUAAGUUUAUUUUUGUUAUUGGUAACAUUCUUUGGAAUUUGAAAACUGACACUUUGUGUUACACAGUUUUCCUUUCUUACCAAUUUGGAUGCUUUAAUUAAGGCAAUUAUUAGGGUCAAGUUCUUGACCAAUUAGAAUGCUAUUGGAAAUUCUCUUAGAACAUUUGGGGGGCAAAUUCAAUUUAGAGAAAAGUUCAUGUUUCAAUUUAGAGAAAAGUUCAUGUUGAAAAUAUUUAUAUACAUGUACAUUUUCUGGGGAGUGAGUCCAUAAAUCCAUAGCUUUUUUUCUUCCAGAUUUCAAAAGAUGUGGCUUAUUCAGAAAAUGUUAAAAACUGUUUGUGUCAUUAAAUUACCUGAUUAUGCAACUAGUUAGCAUACUGAGCAUAUAAUAUGUACUCAACACAUGUUAACUAUUGUUAAUAUCCAGUAUCUACUGUGUGCCCAGGCAAGAGUAGAGAGGAAAUGGCAUCAAAGAAUUAGGCUGGAUCAUGUAGGAUUUUAUAGGGCAUGGUAGGUACAAAUUCACGAAUUUAGCUGGGAAGAAGUCCUUUAAGCUGAAGAGUGACAUGAACUAAUUGGCAUUUAAAAAAAAAAUCAGUUCUGGCUGCUUUGUGGACAAUAGAUUUGGGGGUAGGGAGGAAAAGGGAUAAGAAUGGGAAAAGGGAGACCUGUUAAGAGGUUAUUGCAGUCGUCCAGGAGAGAAAUCAUGGUUUCUUGGUUAAUUAAUUUGGUUUUUGGGUGUAUUUUGGAGAUGGUAAUUAGUGGAUUUACUAAUGGAGGGUUAUGGAAGGGUGAAGGAAAGAGAGGCAUAAAGAAUAGGUGGUAUCUGGGUUUUUGAGAACUGGGGUUUGUGGUAGUGCUAUUUCUUGAGACAUAGAGGACUGGGAGAGUAUGCUUUUGAACAUAUUAGAAUUAAGGGAUUUUUCACAUGUGUAAAUGGAGAGAGAUGUCAAGUAUUAGUUAGAUACAUAACUCUGAAGUUCAGAGAAAGACUGGGCCUGGAAAUAUAAAUAUGGAGUCAUUGGCACAGUAAAGGCUGCGGGACUAGAUGAGAUCUUCUCAUGAGACUUUAGGUGUAGAGAGUGAAGCCAGUUUAGGAUGGGGCCUCAGUGAAAGAGGAGACUGAGGAAAAGGGAUCAGGGAGGAAGGAGAAAAACCAGCAUAGUGGUUUUACAGAAGCCGGAGGUGGAGUGUUUCAAGGAGAGUGGUCAGUGUGAAAGCUGCAAAGAGGUCACAUAGGAGAAAACCGAGAAGUGACCACUGGAUUUAGCAACAUAGGUCAUAGAUAACCUUGACGACAACAGUUUCCAUGCAUAUAGGAACAGAAGCCUGAUUGUCAUGGGUUAAGGAGAGAAUGUGAGGUGAGGACGUAGAGGCAGCAAGAUAGACAGACAACUCAAGCACUUUUGAGAGAAGGAGUGGGGAGAUAAUGGAGUCAAGGAAGAGCUUUUUCAAAGAAGGGAAAUUCUAGAGCAGGUUUGCUUGCUGUUGAGUAUGAAGCAGUAGAGAUGGUAGAAACUGACUGUGCAAGAAAGAUAUUAUUACUCAUGAUAUUUUUGUCAGAGCAAGAGAAGAUGGAAUUCAGAACCCUAGCAGAGGAGUUCGUCUUGAGAGCAGGGACACUUGGUUGUAACUGGAGGAAAGUCUAAGAGUAUGAGUGAAGGUGCAGGGACGGAUCUGGAAGCAUCUUUAUUAAGUUUUGAAAAACUUGAUCGUGCCUCACCAGAUCUUUGGCCAGAACAAUUACCAGGUGUUGCUGAAUUUGCAGCUUCUUUCAAAAGUCCUAUUACUAGCUCGCCACCCAAAUGGAUGGCUGAAAUAGAACGUGAUGAUAUCGACAUGUUGAAAGAACUGGGGAGCCUCACCACUGCUAAUUUGAUGGAGAAGGUACGAGGCCUACAGAACCUGGCCUAUCAGCUGGGGCUAGAUGAGUCCAGAGAAAUGACACGGGGGAAAUUCCUCAACAUUCUAGAGAAACCCAAGAAGUAGCCCAGCUGUGGACAGGAUGUCCCGGGGGCUGGAACCACGCUCCACUCCCAGUGCAGCUCUGAUGAUGCGCACCUCACUGCUUCCUGGCGAGAGGCUGGAGGGUGCUCCUCCAGGGCUGACCCUCUCCCCUGCUCCUGGUACUCUGCGCUUUGAGGACAUUCGGCAGCAAGAGAAGAAUCUGUUCCACCCAAUGGUCAAUGCAGUUAUUCAGUCUGCUUCCAGACUUUGACCAUCUCCAUCUCAGAUGUUGGUAACACCAGAGGGCAUAUCAUCCUUAAAGGUCAAAGUCCUGCUUUCUUGUUUCUGGAAGUGAUUCAGGAGCCCCAGGAUCUUACAGUUGAUUUGAUUCAGUGAUGGCAAAGCCCAUUGUGACAGAGAUUGCAUGAGUUGUACUUGAUCUCUUAGGGAGUAUUUAUGAUGCAAGGAGCCCAGAGACCAAUUAGAUUCUGGACCAGACCAUGCAGGUUAACCUGUGAACUCUCCAGUGUAUACUAGGUUCUAAGAAUCCCCAGCUGGAGAAACCAGAAUCUUCUAGAAAUGAUGCCUGCUUUUAAAAUUCUACACCUCUCAUGGUAGUCCCAUACCCUAAGCCUCCCAUUCCCCACCUCCUAGCUCCCACCAUCCAUGCUGACUCCAGAGAAGGGGAUCCUUGCAUAUCAAGUCCCUCUUGGGAGUAGUUUGUGUAGUGAAAGGCCGUGCACAGUUGCAUUAGACCUCAAGACCAAUUUAAAGGUGACAGAAAGGACUUUUGAGUUCUAGUUAAGCUGUUACAGAUUCAAGUGAGACAGUAUGGCCUGAAGAUAGGAAGAGGGGGUUGACUGUAGGAGUUUGAUUUGAUUAACAACUAGAAACUCUGAUUGACCUUACAGGAUUGUGCGUGCUGUGCAAUGAUGGCAGUGUUCCCCCCUGCCCCCCUCUCACAGCACAUAUCACCCAUAGGACAGGAACACACAUGAAAGGAAAAGAGAAUUUCCUGACUUAAAUAUAACUCUUAUGGAGUGUUUGCCAAUUAUGUGUCUCUGUUAAAACCUGAAAAUCUAGCUUAUGCGUUGUAGUGACUACACAUGUUCUCCAUAUUUUGUCUUACAAGCCUCUAACGUUUUGAAAAAUACACGGAGUGUCCUGAACUUUAUGAAAAGAACAUCCAUGUGACAGUAGUAUGAUAGUGUUUUGAUACAAGGAAAAUCGUGGUCAGGUUUUUGGCCCUGAGCCUGUGCAAGGGCGCGGCACUAUUCACUUUAAUAGUUGUUCCGUUAACCAUAACAUGUGCCUUGUUUCCCAGCUAGAAUUAAUGUUGGAUUUUUCUCUCAUUUGUGCCAUUUGACCAUCCAUGCAAUUCUACUUACUGACAAGAAGGAAAAAAUUGAACACAGGAUAAAAGGGAUGAGUAUGGGAUGGAAGCAUUCUGCCUGGAAUUAUAGAAGGUUAGGCUGGAGAGGCUUUGAGUUUAAGUGAAUCUUAUUAUUGACAUUCCUUUAUCAUAAAUAUGGUUGAAGAGUCUGCAUAUGCACACAAAAAAUAGUGGCAUAAUAGCAAACUCUUCCUUUUGAGAGUUGAUGACGUCAAACGGGGAAAUUAAGAAAUAUAUGGAGCGUAUUGGGAUACCUCCCCCAAACCAACUUGUCUGUAACCUGAACCUAUGUAAUUGGUUUUUGGUCUGCUUUGACUCUUUCUUUUACUGUCAUAGUAGUCACCAGCACUUAAUGUAAGUAGAUAUUUUAGAAUUGUGAUAUUUAUUGGUUUUAUAUUUGUCGUCCUCAGGGAUGUUAAUGUUGUGUUUUUAUAUUGAUAAUGUAAAUGUAUGUACUAUGUGUGCAUGAAUGUAUUUCAGGGUGUUGGAAGGUUGUACUUUGUAUAUAAUGUCUUCUGUGUCGUCAUAAUAAAUAUGUCCCUUUUA